GAUGAUGGAGACGCAGAUGUCAUGCACGAAGAUAGAAACAAAAACAGCCGAUGUUACAUAUUCACGUUAGACAGUCUCAGUGGUACCCACAGACCAGUUAUAAAUAAUCUGUCGAGGUAUCUUCAAAUGGAAGCGCAAGGAAGAAAGGGCUUACCUCUGGAAUCAUUUAGCGUACCUGACGGGAAAAAUCCCAAGGUGCCCAAACAACCUAAUUGGUGUGACUGUGGCGUCUAUGUUAUACACUAUAUAGACGUAUUCUUUAAAGAUACAACAAAAUAUCUCGGUCUAUUGCUAAACUCCCACAAGACCAGGCGGGAGCACAGUGACCCGCAAUGGGAAGACAAGGCUGCUGAGCGAGCUCGUGAACAUCUUGUUAAGAGUUUAGAUGAAGAAGCUGUAAAAUUUGAUGCAGAAGAGAUUCGCAAAGGAAGACGUGAACCCAAGAAGGUGGUAGAACAAAAAGCUGAGAAUACAACGGAAGAGUCUACAGAGAGUAUUUCUACAAAAGGAAAUGUUGGGCAAUCCACAGUUUUAGCUAUACCUGCAGAGAGCAACAAUAAUGGCUCAUCUAACGAAGUUGAGAAGAGACCUACUGCUCAGGGAGAAGACAUCCAUGAGACGUCAUCUAAUGGUAGCAAAAGUGACUCUAUAAGUUCUAAAGUACAAGAAAAGUUGAAUAUCAACAAUCAGGACAUUCAACGUGGUACUAAAAAACACAGCAAUCUGAAUUCGAGUAAUUCCAAGUCAGAUCGUUCGACUAUGAUCGACGAUAAUGCUAAAAUAUUGUCAAAGCAACAUAAUGAGAUGGGAACGCUACCGUCAAAGAGUGCAGUUAUAGAGCCGCAUAUAGGACAAUUCGGUACGGCUAAUCAAGCAAGUCGGACCGAUCAGCCAAUAAGAACUGUCAUGGAAAAGAUCAGACGUGCCCAAAGCCCGCAGGCUAACUCAUCGCAAGAGAUCUCUCCUGAUAAACUACUUUACGAUGCGUAUAAUACGUUUAAUCAGGAAUCUAUUGCAAAUUGGCAACUUAAAGGUUCUUCAAAGUCAGAUGCACCACAGUUGAAGCCUCAACAUCGUCGCGUAUCUUCAAAUCCAAUUAAGCGUGACACAGUGAAGACUUCACCAGUUUCUAAGUUGUCAAAUUCACAGGCAGCUGAAAUGGCUUUAUCAGACAAUUCACCAGACUUAUUAAGAUCACAAAUAAAUUCAAGGCUACCAAAAUAUACAACACGAGAUGAGGAGCCUGUAAACACUAACAGUGGACAUGAGAUCGAUGAAACUGUGAUGAGAGGUCAAACAAACGAGCGCUCUACAAUGUUUAAGCCAUUUGAUACCCCUUAUCGACACAAUCCCCCGCUAGAAGGACAAUUAACGCGCGAGCCGUUUACUCAAAAGCACCUUCGCUGGGAGGGUGAGAAGGAUGAUUCACCGGAGUGUCAAAUCAUAGUGUCACCAGGAGUUAAUAGGACAGCAGAUUACCUGAAACCACAGAGUAGUCCUAUUAUUGAGCAAUUAGACGAAUCGGGUGUAGAAGGACGCAGAAGAUUAGAGCCAAUUAAGCAACAUGGUGUGGAUGUAUCAAAUCCACGGCUAUCACCAGAACUACUCUAAAUGACUAUUACAUCAAAAGAAGCCAGAGAAAAUAAAUGAAUGCCCUCUGGGAGGAGAGAAGCGAAGACUUACAUCAACAGCAUUCUAAGGAGCAGUGAAGAAAGAAGCAAUGCAUUGCGAUAACAGCAGUAUAUUUAUUUAUUUGUAAUUUUUUUAUAUUUUGCAUAUUUACUAUCUCG